AGAAUCAGUGUUUUGGAGCUUAUAUAUGAUUGAACCGUGUAUGGAUCGCCGUCCUGUGGAGUGAGCGAAUUCUGCUGUUAAUUCAUGCCUGUUGCCGGAGCUGAACGAUGAACUUCGGUCGAGAUCCCGUCUCUGCACGCAAACAGAAUGAUAUUGUGCCUGAUGGAAGCAGCUUGACCAUCAUACCUGGACCGUCCCAGUAGUAACAUCAGUUAGGCGACGUCUUCGACAUGCCCGUCUCCAGUCCCAUCCUCCACGAACAGGCGCAAUCGUACGAUCCCCACGCUUCGCGCGAGAGGGAUCCCCCCGCGCAAGGCGCACCAGUCGAAGGGCUACCCCAUCCAUCUGUCGCUAAGCCGCGCGCAUUGUCGGUCGUAGCCACGGGGCAUCGACGCCUAUACCCGGCCGUCGUCGCCGGUCAUAACAGCAAAGCCUAGGCAGCCUGAACGGCCACGUCGAGUGCC